CUUACACCAAUUUUUUUCAUCAAUAAUGUUCAUGUUUUCUUUCCUUUAAUUGUUUUUAUGCUUUCUGGUUUCUAUACUAUUUCCAGUUUUCUUAACCAUUUCAUUUAAUUAUAUUGAAAUUCUUGAUAAUUCAUUGGAUAGUUGAUUAUUCUUGAAAUUUGGUUACCUUUUUGGCCAUUGCUAGGUGCCUGUUUGUCCUUUGGUUCGGGGACUUGGUGAAGACUCAUGUCAGCUCCUAAUGAGGAAAACUUGUCGUCACAUUCCCAGCUCUCAUCUCAUUUCUUCGCGGAUCUCCUUGAUUCCAUUAUAGUCGAUGUAGCAUCAGAGUGUCACAGAGUAGCAAGGUUGGGCCUUGAUUCUAAUUUGGAAGAAGAAGAUGAAGAAUUGAAGUUGUCUGCACAAGCUAGGGUAAGGGUUGCCGAUCCUAGCAAUAGUAAUGAAGCAAAUGGCAAGUAUGUGGUUGACAUAUUCGGACAAAGUCAUCCUUCCGUGGCAAGUGAAAUAUUCGAAUGCAUGAAUUGCGGCCGAUCCAUCAUGGCCGGAAGGUUCGCCCCUCAUUUGGAGAAGUGCAUGGGGAAGGGUAGGAAGGCUCGUCUCAAAGUAACAAGAAGCAGCACGGCCGCUGCCGCGCAGAACAAUCGGUACUCCCGAGGCGGUCCUGUUUCUACAUACUCAUCAUAUUCAAAUCACUCUAGCAAUAACAGCAUGAACCGGUUGCCAAAUGGAACCUCCAAUUUUGCAGGUGAGGAGCACUCAAAUGGGACAUUCGAGCCGUGACGCAGUGAGUGAGCAUGGAGCAGUGAUGUGGCAAUGGCUGGCAGGCAUGCAUGCAUGGACUCAGGCUUCCAUAUCAGCAGUAUCAUCAUCAUCAUCAUCAACUUGGCUUUGCUGGGACACAGCAUCAUGAUGAUGUAUAUGGAGAAAAGGAAAAAGAAAAUGGUACCUGUAAUUUAUAUUGGAACUAAGCAAUGACAAUUUUAUGGUAAUAAAACAUGGGUCGUAGUUUAGUUAAUGUAUGGAGAAAUUAAUAGAUUGUGAUGAUUCUGAAUUGCUGUGUCUGGUAAAGCAAUUGAUCAAUAAUAGCCCGUAGCCCUACAAUGUGUAUAAUUAUUUUUUAAAAAUAAAAACUUCCGUUGCUGGGACUUGAAC